CAUUAAACACACACACCAUGACAAAGAAAAUGGCAUUAUCACAUUCAAAGGCAGCCGACCAAACUUCAAUUUUCUGCACUCUGUUUUUGGUUAUUCAGAUUUUACAAGUCUGUUCAUACUCGGAGCCUGCAGUUUCUCACUCAAGAGUGGAGUUUCUUCCAGGAUUUCAAGGACCCCUUCCUUUUCAACUCGAAACCGGGUAUGUAGGAGUGGACGAAUCUGAAGAUGUACAACUCUUCUACUACUUUGUGAAGUCGGAGACAAAUCCUAAAGAGGACCCUCUCAUUUUUUGGCUCAAUGGAGGCCCCGGCUGCUCUGCUUUAAGUGGAUUCAUCUACGAAAUAGGUCCCCUGUAUUUCGAGGCAGUGGAGUAUAAUGGGAGCUUGCCCACAUUGGUGUUAAAUGCAAACUCAUGGACGAAGGUGGCGAGCAUAAUUUUUGUAGAUUUGCCCGUUGGUACUGGAUUCUCCUAUGGAAGGACUCCACUUGCUUCUCAGUCUACAGACAUUCAAUCAUGUCACCAGGCCUAUGAAUUUCUAAGAAGGUGGCUGAUUGAUCAUCCUGAGUAUUUUUCAAACACAUUAUAUAUUGGGGGAGAAUCAUACACAGGAAUAACUGUUCCAAUUAUUGCUCAACUGAUUUCUAAUGGAAAUGAAGCAGGCAUUGAACCAUUUGUUAAUCUCCAGGGAUACAUACUUGGAAAUGCUGGAACUUUUCCGGCUGAAGACAAUUUUAAGAUCCCAUUUGCUCAUGGCAUGGGACUUAUUUCGGAUGAACUCUACGAGUCACUUAAGAGGAGUUGUAGAGGAAAUUAUUUUAAUGUAGAUCCAAGCAAUACAAAGUGUCUACAAUUUGUUGAAGCUUUUAAUCAGUGUACCAGUGGACUUGAAACUGCACAUAUUUUAGAACCCAACUGUGGUUUUGCUUCCCCAAGGCCACUCAAAUGGUUUGGUAGGAGGAGAUCUCUUGAUGAGAGAAUCACAGAGCUCCAGACUCCUCAAUCAUCAGUUUCCGCAUUUUACUGUCGUAUUGAUGGAUAUAAGCUUUCUUAUUAUUGGUGUAAUGACAAAAAUGUCCAAGAAGCACUCCAUAUCCGAAAGGGGAGCAUAGGGGAAUGGGAGAGAUGCGCCUCUAAUUUACCUUAUGAAGAGACUCUAAUCUGGAACAGUAUACCUUAUCACAUAAACCUCAGUAGGAAAGGUUAUCGGUCUUUGAUAUACAGGUCAUAUUACUAUACUUUAUUCAAUAAGAUUUGUGUUAUAUUUUAUCCAUAAGUUUAGAAAGAAAAAACAAAGUUGCCUUAUUAAGUUGAGAUACACACACAUGUAGAUAAUUAUAUAUGGUGAAAUUUUUGUUUGUUGACACAGCGGUGACCACGAUAUGAUUAUUCCAUUCCAGUCCACAGAAGCAUGGAUAAAAUCUUUAAACUAUCCAGUUAUUGAAGAAUGGCGAUCUUGGUUAUUCAAUGGCCAAAUUGCUGGCUAUACGAGGGUUUACUCCAAUAAGAUGACAUUUGCAACAGUGAAGGGAGGAGGCCACACAGCUCCGGAGUACAAACCCCAAGAAUGUUUCGCUAUGUUCAAAAGGUGGAUAUCUCAUGAACCACUGUAAUCAAUCUCAAGCUACAAGUUCAGUGUAUUACAAUAAAUAGUUUUGUUGUAUUCUUACUUCAUUUAAAGCCAUUUAAAAAUAAAAGAAUAAUUUCAAAAUCAGUACGAAACGAUAUCUAUAUUUCAUCCAUAUUAGCAAUAAUAGACAUAAG